GUUAUGUUUAGCGAAUUGUAUUUCACCGAAUGCUUUGAAAGAUAUAUCAUAAAACAAACCAAGAAAACAAAUACUAACCAGUUUAAUGCAUUAGCUUAUCUAAAAUACUGAGUUCUAGCUAUCAGCUUGCGCUGUUAACAUAUUAUCACAUUUUUUCUUUAGCUACAGGUAGCCGUGUUUAUAUUAGUUAAUGCAGAUGACCUGUAUUAUGUGUCAAAUUAAAAGCUUGUUCUCCGCUCUGGAAUUUUUAUGUUUCUCAUGUGUUAUUGCAUCUUACAAUGUCACCGAUGAUAUUAUAUUUGACUUCAAAUGGCUAGGAAACUCUAAACAACCUGGGGAGAAGAGCGAUGUUGUGAAAAUAAGAACAAUAAUUGGAGAGGAUUACGAAUGCGUCAUACCUACGUUAUUCCAUAACAUAGAAGAAAACGAGGCUAAAAACUCAGAUUCAGUUGAUGAAGAAACUCUACUACAGCCUUUGUUUACGGAGCAACCGUGUAACGUCAGAUCAGAAGCAUAUUGGAGUUAUGAGCUUUGUCAUAAUCGAUAUAUAAAACAGUUUCAUGAGGAAAAGAAAUUGGAAAAGAAUCCUCCCGUUCAAGAAUUUUAUCUGGGACAUUAUUAUCCUGAUCCUAAAAUGAAAAAAGAACGACCAAGCAAAGACAAUCCGCCAAAAACAGUUACUCUUGGGGAACAUUCUUACCCUUACUAUGGAAUCAGCUAUGUUGACGGAACUUUGUGUGAUCUAAACCAGGAGCAUCGUACAGCAACUGUUAUGUAUAUAUGUCAUGAAAGUGUCACUGGACAAAUCGUUGAUGUAUCUGAAAUCCGAACGUGUCAGUAUCAGAUGGUUUUCGCCACGAAGUUUCUAUGUUCAAACCCUCUCUAUAAGCAAAAGCGCGCCCAUACCAAUCCAAUUUCAUGUCACUCAAAAAACAGUUCACCGAGUAAACCGUCGGCAUUAGUUGCUAUGGAAGCAGAGCGGAAAAAGUUUCAAUCUCGUAGCUUUACUGACCUAGCUGCUAUUCUUAGCAAUGCUUUUAAAUCGAAGGUUAAGAUCAGUGCAAAACAUGGUAAAGAUGUGGUUUUUUAUCAAGUCAAUCCGGCUGAAGAUCCUAAUGAUGAAAGCACCUCUACAAUCGAUAAUACACAAAUUAAUGUCAAUGAUGACACUAAAAAUAGUCACGAUAGUUCAAGUUUUUCUGAUUUAGAUUUUGUAAAUCAAGUGGCUUCCAGCUUGAAAACACCAUCAUCAUUAACAUCAUCCACAAUUAACCCAUCUAUAAUGAAAUCUGUUGAUGAUAAUCAAGUUAUGGAAUUUCUUCAAGGAAAACUUUGUUUAACUGGUAAUUUAGGAUGGUGGACAUAUGAAAUAUGCUUUAACAAGUUUGUAAGACAAUAUCAUUUGGAUGCAAAUACAAAACAACUUCAAGAAAUUCGUCUUGGCAAUUGGGAUUUAGACAAUCAUGUAAAAUGGUUUGAAGAGAAUAAUUUAAAAAAACAAAAGUCUUCUGGUAGUUCUAAUAGACAAAUUUCAUUGUACUAUGGUCGAGGUGAUUUGUGUACAGAAACUAACAAACUUCGAGAAGUUGUGGUAAAGAUAAAGUUUAUAUAAGUGGAAGAGGAAAUAGAAAGCACACAUCAUCCAUGGACAAGGAAUAAUGAUCAUGGUGAAAAUAGAUUAUUAACAUGAAGAAGGUUGAAUAGAUCGAAGUUUUACGUUGUCUCCGAAUAAUUGCUGACACCCAGUGGCAGCACCAUGUUAGUAAUGCUCAGGUUCGGCAUCGUGUUCCGGGCGCAGAGACGGUAAUCUAAUUGGUGUCACCAUCUUGAAACAUCAGAGAAUAACAGAGUUAAAUAAGUCAAAUACAUGAAUGGAUUUUGAAUUCGUAUAUUUCAUUCAAUCGUUGAUCCAAACAGAUGACCACAGGAACGUAGCGGAACGGAUUGAAAAAGGCAUGUCAACCAACUCGUUUUGACCAAGCUUGAUUCAAUAUUUAUAUUCAGGCAAAAAAUAAGUCACAGACACGUAAUGAAGAGAUUAAGUAAUUAACACGAUCAUAUAAAAACAGUCACGGCUUAUAGACGAAUAAGUCACAAGGUCAAAAUACAGCUUGAAUAGAAUGAAUAAAUUGAACUGUCCAGAAGCUAAAAUAACCUAUGUGGGCUUGACAUAGUACCAAACCCUAGAUACAUCCUAUAACCUUUUGUUUGUUAUCUAGUGGAAACAAAAAUACAGUAUUCACAUAUUAAUAUCAUAACUUUGAAAAGUAAAAUAUUCUUUGUUUCUAUGUAUGUGUAUGAUGUACAUCUUCUCAAUUUUCUUGUUUCGGAAUAAUUUCUAGAUGUUUACAUUCAACAAGUAAAGAUAUUUUCUUGUCAUUCUCUGAGCCUACAAAGUGUGUAUAUUCAAUGUCGGUUGAAAGUGCUAUGUUUUGUGAUUUAAUUCCAUUAGCUAAUGAAAAUGAUAUUCUACCAUUAGAUAAAGUUUAAUUUAAAUUAUUUGAAUUAUUAUGGAUGCUGUUAAAAUGGUUCUUUCUUUCUAUUUUUAACAAAAAGACUGUCCUUGGUGUUAUUAUUAUUAUCAUACUGUUUUUUUAUAUUUUUUCUUUAUUUUUUUUGGAAAACUUGUAGAUUCUAGUAUCCAUCUGGAUGUAUAGCCAUGUACUCCAUACACACACACACACACCUGCCUUUACACUUUUCUUUAUUCUUUUUUAUCCAUCAGCUUUUCCAUUAUUCAUCUUGUUCUAUUUUGAAGUUGUACCCAUGAAUCCUCUCUUUUUUUUAAAAAAAAAAUUGACAACAUACUAUAACCUAAGAGCUUUCAUUCAUUUCACUUCUUUUAAUUAACAUGACAUAUUUUUCUUUAGUAGUGGUUGUCUUUUUUCUUCUUUAUCAGCAAUUUUCCAUUGUAAAGGUUGAUAUUAUUGGUUUGCUAUAGCCAGACUCAACUUUGCUGUGUUUCCUAUUCAAAUAUGUUGACAAUUAAAAAAUUAUAGUCUUUAUAUAUGUUCU